AAAGAAUAAAGUGAUUGCCAUUUGAAGUCGUGCUGUUUAUACUGUUCUUAAACUUUGCUUCUUCGGACUUUGCAGUAGUUUAUUUGUGCCUGACCAGUACUUACUUGUUUGUAGACUCCUCCUAAGCGCUGGUUUUGGACGCCCGGGAGCGACGCGCUCAGUGUCUCCCAUCGCUUUGGGGAAACUACGGCGCAACAUGUAUCCAGCGCGGCGCGGGCGAACGCGUGCUGCGGACUCACAGACGCCUCGGAACAUCAUGUCAAGGCGCGCGUUAACUCUGAAGUGGAGCGCAGGAUGGAUUCUAUUGUUUUCAAUCAUCAAUAACACUUGCGCGCAAGAUGAUGUCCCACCCUACUUCAAGAUGGAGCCGGUGGCAACCCAAGUCCACCUGGAAGGGAACCGUGUGGUUCUCACCUGCAUGGCUGAGGGCAGCUGGCCUCUGGAAUUUAAAUGGCUUUACAAUGGUACAGAGUUAACGCGUUUCUCCCUGGAGUACAGGUACGUGAUUUCUUCACUGGAUCGCUCCCAUGCAGGCUUCUACAGAUGCAUCGUCAGGAACAGGGUGGGAGCUCUGAUGCAGAGGAGUUCACAAGUCCAGGUCGCCUACAUGGAAGGCUUUGUGCAGGGAGAACGGUCUCAGGUGGUGUCGCAAGGAGAGGCGGCAUUGAUCUUCCCCCCACAAAUCCACAGCUUUCCUCGGCCCGGGAUCACAUGGUUCAGAGACGGGCGCAAGAUCCCCCCCAGCAGCCGCAUAGCCCUCUCUUUGGACAACACCCUUGUCAUCCUGUCCGCCGUGGCCCCUGAUGCGGGCCGGUACUACGCCCAGGCUGUCAACGACAAGAACGGAGAGAACAAGACCAGUCACCCCAUCAUCCUGAAUGUAGAAAACAUUGGCGGCCCAGCAGACCCCAUCGCCCCUUCAAUUAUAAUCCCACCGAAGAACACCAGUGUGGUGGUGGGCACGUUUGAAGUCACACUGGAGUGUGUGGCCAAUGCCAGGCCUCUCAUUAAGCUCAGCAUUACAUGGAGGAAAAAUGGAGUGCUGGUAAACCGAGGCCUCCGGGACUUUGGCCGCCGUCUGACCAUCAGCGGGCCCUUAGUCAGUGACAGUGGCUACUAUGAAUGUGAAGCGUCCCUCCGGAGCAGCAGCGCCCCCUCUGUCAGCGCCGGAGCAUAUCUGCACGUCCUGGAACAUCCGCAGUUUGUGAAGGAGCCUGACAGACACAUUACUGCUGAGAUGGAGAAGGUGGUAGACAUCCCAUGCCAAGCUCGCGGUGUUCCUCAGCCAGAUAUAGUGUGGUAUAAGGAUGCUGUACCCAUAAGCCCCGUGAAAACACCUCGCUACAGAGUCCUGGUGGGCGGCAGUCUGCAGAUAAAUGGGCUGCUCCCGGACGACACCGGAAUGUUCCAAUGCUUCGCUCGCAACUUAGCGGGAGAGAUCCAGACGAACACGUACCUUGCUGUCACCAGUAUCGCCCCAAACAUCACGGCCGGCCCUUCUGACAGCGCUGUGAUUGAUGGCAUGUCCAUCAUUUUACACUGUGAGACCUCAGGGGCGCCGCGGCCCGCUAUCACAUGGCAGAAAGCUGAUCGGGUUCUUGCGAGCGGCUCCGUACAGUUGCCACGUUUCACUCUGCUGGAGUCAGGCAGUCUUCUGAUCAGCCCCUCACACCUGUCUGAUGUUGGAUCCUACACCUGCAUGGCCAGUAACUCCCGUGGCAUUGAUGAAGCCUCGGCCGAUCUGCUGGUGUGGGCUCGAACGCGGAUCACUAAUCCACCUCAGGACCAGAGUGUGAUCAAGGGCACAAAAGCAGCCAUGACCUGCGGCGUGACCCAUGACCCCAGCGUAACAGUCAGGUACAUCUGGGAGAAAGGAGGAGCGGUUAUCGACGUGAAAUCGAGCCCUCGCUUGCGUCUCGACUCCAAUGGCACCCUACACAUAACGCAGACCUGGUCAGGGGACAUUGGGACCUACACCUGUAGAGUUACCUCUGUGGGAGGCAAUGAUUCUCGCAGUGCUCACCUGAGAGUCAGGCAGUUGCCUCAUUCUCCAGAGAACCUCAUCGCCACCCUCAGCAGCUCAGAGAGACGAACCAUCAACCUGACCUGGGCCCAGGCCUUUGAUGGGAACAGCCCGCUCAUCCGUUACAUCCUGGAGGUGUCAGAGAACAACGCACCUUGGACUAUGCUUUUGGCCAACAUUGAGCCAGAGGCCUCCAGCGUGAUCGUAGGGGGCCUCAUCCCGGCACGUUCUUACCAGUUCCGCCUGUGUGCUGUCAACGACGUGGGGAAGGGCCAGUUCAGCAGGGAGACGGUGCGGGUAUCAUUACCCGAGGAGCCCCCCAGCGCCCCUCCUCAGACAGUGAUAGCCAGUGGAAGAACCAACCAGUCCAUCAUGAUCCAGUGGCAGCCUCCCCCUGAGAGCCACCAAAACGGGCCGCUUCAAGGUUAUAUCAUCAGGUACUGUCUGUCUGGAUUACCGGUGGACUGUCAGAUGAAGAACAUCACUAAUCCAGACCAAACUAAUCUUCUGCUGGAGGACCUCAUCAUUUGGACCAAUUAUGAGAUUGAGGUGGCUGCUUAUAACGGGGCGGGCCAGGGCGUCUACAGUCCCAGGGUCACAGAAUGGACUCUGCAAGGCGUCCCCACGGUCCCCCCAGGGAACGUCCAGGCCGAGGCUGUCAACUCCACCACAGUCCGUUUCACAUGGAGUGCUCCCAGCCCACAGUUCAUCAACGGAAUCAACCAGGGAUACAAGCUGUUGGCAUGGGAACCGGGCCACGAGGAAGAUGUUACCUUGGUUACUGUGAGGCCCAAUUUUCAAGACAGUGUUCAUGUAGGUUACAUCACCGGACUGAAGAAGUUCACGGAGUACUUCACCUGCGUACUGUGCUUCACUACUCCAGGAGAUGGCCCUCGCAGCACUCCACAGCGCAUACGCACCCACGAAGACACUCCUGGACCUGUAGGUCACCUGAGCUUCACAGAAAUCCUGGACACGUCUCUCAAAGUCAGCUGGAAAGACCCGCCGGAGAAGAACGGCCUCCUCACAGGGUAUCGCAUUUCCUGGGAGGAAUUCAACAGAACGAACACUCGCGUCACGCAUUACCUGCCCAACAUCACACAGGAGUACAGGGUCACCGGUCUGACCGCGCUCACUACCUACACCAUUCAGGUGGCCGGAAUGACCUCCAAAGGUCAAGGUCAGCUGUCGUCCUCCACCAUUUCCUCUGGUGUGCCGCCAGAGAUGCCUGGACCUCCUACCAACAUUGCCAUCUCCAACAUCAGCCCACGUUCAGUAACCCUGCAGUUCAAACCAGGCUAUGACGGCAAAACAUCCAUCUCACGCUGGCUGGUAGAGGCUCAGAUCGGUGUUAUAGGAGAAAACGAGGAGUGGGUCGUGGUCCAUCAGUUGGCCAGUGAGCCUGAUGCACGAUCCCUUGAGGUCCAAGGCCUGAACCCCUACACGUACUACAGAUUUCGAAUGAGGCAGGUGAAUAUAGUAGGCACAAGCCCACCCAGCCAGCCAUCUAGGAAGAUCCAGACCCUACAGGCUCCUCCUGACAUCGCCCCCGCAAACAUCACUCUCCGCACAGCCAGCGAGACCAGCCUGUGGCUCAGAUGGGUGCCGCUGCCAGAGUGGGAAUACAAUGGCAAUCCCGAGCUGGUGGGCUACAGGGUGCAGUACUCUCGUCUAGGCUCCAAGGCUGGGGUCCUGUCCCACAUCAUUCCUGACCGGCAGGAGAGGGAGUUUACCAUUGAGGACCUGGAAGAGUGGACAGAGUAUGAGGUCAAAGUGCAGGCGUUCAAUGGCAUCGGACCAGGACCGUGGAGCCAACCAGUUCACGGGAGAACCAGAGAGUCAGUCCCCUCGAGUGGCCCUGCAAAUGUUUCAGCUUUUGCUACCACCUCCAGCAGUGUCCUGGUUCGCUGGGGCGAUGUGCCGGAGACCGAUCGCAAUGGACUAAUUCUGGGCUAUAAGGUGGUAUACAAAGAGAAGGAUGCAGAGUCAGCCCUGCGUUUCUGGACGGUAGAGGGAAAUACCACUUACAGUGUCCAGCUCACUGGUCUUGGGAAGUAUGUGCUCUAUGAGAUCCAGGUUGUAGCCUUCACCCGUAUAGGAGAUGGCAUGCCUAGUUCUCCUCCCAUCUUUGAGCGCACACUUGAUGAUGUACCUGGGCCUCCGGUUGGAAUCCUUUUCCCUGAAGUCAGGACUUCCUCAGUGAGACUGAUCUGGCAACCACCUGCCCAGCCAAAUGGCAUUAUCCUUGCAUAUCAGAUUGCUUACCGGAAAAACUCUUCCAGUAUUACCUCUGCCACCGUUGAUGUGCUCAUCCCAAGUGCGCGACAGUAUACAGCGACUGGACUGAAACCAGAAAGUGUCUAUGUGUUCCGCCUCACGGCCCAGACUCGAAAGGGAUGGGGAGAAGCAGCCGAGGCACUGGUGGUCACUACAGAGAAGAGAGCGCGCCCUCAGCCCACAAGUCGUCCCGUUGUGCCUCAGGAAGAGGUCCAGGCCCGUAGUGUGCUUUUGUCAUGGGAACCAGGCAGCGAUGGUCUAUCGCCCAUCCGAUAUUACACCGUCCAGUACAGAGAGCUGCCCAACAGCAACUGGACCGUCCACUCUGCUUCAGUCAACCAUGAGGCAACUUCAUACAUCAUAGACAAGCUAAAGCCUUUCACUUCCUACCAGUUCAGAGUGAAAGCCACUAAUGAUAUUGGGGACAGCGAGUACAGCGAGGAGAGCGAGGCAAUCACCACUCUACAGGACGCACCCGACAAAGCUCCCACAAUCCUCUCUGUGACACCGCACACCACCACAUCUGUGCUGGUCCGCUGGAAGCCGCCCCCCGAAGAGGAGAUCAAUGGUAUUUUGCUUGGCUUUCGAGUACGCUACAGAGAACUGCGUUACGACCGCUUACGCAGCUUCACAGUGCGUACAGUUAAUAGCCCGUCAGCCAACUGGGCCGAGCUCACAGCCCCCUACAGUGUGAGGAACCUGACCGAAUCCUCACUUACCCAGUACGAGCUGGACAAUCUGAAUAAGCACAAGCGCUAUGAGAUCCGACUGAGUGUGUAUAACGCAGUAGGGGAGGGGCCCACCAGCUCGCCACAGGAAGUGUUCGUGGGAGAGGCGGUGCCCACCGCUGCGCCUCAGAGUGUCGCUAUCCAGUCCUCAACAGCUACUCAGCUUGAUGUCACAUGGGACCCACCUCCAGUAGAAGCCCAGAAUGGAGAUAUUCAAGGGUAUAAGAUUUAUUAUUGGGAGUUUCAGCUGCAGAAUGAGACUGAGCGACUCCGCACUCUCUUUCUGCCGGAGCUGAGCGUGAAGCUGAAGAACCUGACUGGCUACACCACCUACAUGAUCAGCGUGGCUGCUUUCAACGCGGCGGGGGACGGUCCACGCUCGCUGCCCACCAGAGGGCGCACUCAGCAAGCAGCUCCAAGCGCUCCCAGUUUUAUCCACUUUAGUGAACUCACCACCACCUCGGUCAACAUGUCCUGGGGUGAGCCCAAGCAGCCCAACGGCAUCGUGGAAGGAUACCGUGUGGUCUAUGAGCCCUGCACGUCUGUGGAUGACUCCUCUCCUCACAAUUCAGGUGUCAGUAAGGUUGUCACUGCGGAUGUGAAGGGCAGCGCCCCCUUGUGGAUGAAAAUCAAGGAUCUGGCAGAUGGAGUGACCUACAACUUCCGCAUCCGUGCUAAAACCCUUACCUAUGGACCGGAGAUCGAGGCCAACAUCACCACGGGCCCUGGAGAAGGUGCUCCAGGGCCCCCUGGUGAGCCGUUUAUCUCUCGUUACGGCUCAGCCCUCACUCUCCACUGGUCCAGCGGUGACCCAGGACGGGCUCCCAUCACACGCUAUGUUAUAGAAGCAAGGCCAUCUGAUGAAGGACUGUGGGAUAUUCUAAUCAAAGACAUCCCUAAAGAGGUGUCAUCAUACACUCUUAACCUGGAUACCCUCAGAGAAGGGGUCACCUAUGACUUCCGUGUCAUUGCGGUGAAUGACUAUGGCUAUGGUUCUCCAAGUGCUCCUUCUCCUUCAAUAUCAGCCCAAAAGGUCUCCCCCUUUUAUGAGGAAUGGUGGUUUCUGGUGGUUAUUGCUCUCGUGGGCCUCAUUUUCAUCCUUCUGAUCAUCUUCAUCCUCAUCAUACGAGGGCAGAGCAAAAAAUACACCAAGAAAACAGACUCAGGUGCCCAUUCGAAUUGCACAUCUCUGCCCCUCUCCCAUGGAGAGAUGGUACGCCUGGAUGAAGGACGCUUCCCUGCCCUGGAGCUCAACAACCGUCGACUUUCGGUCAAAAAUUCCUUCUGUCGUAAGAACGGAAUCUAUACCCGAUCUCCACCACGACCAAGUCCCGGCAGCCUGCACUAUUCUGAUGAAGACGUCAGCAUCAAAUACAACGACUUGGUCCCAGCCGAGAGCAGCAGCCUGACCGAGAAGCCUUCAGAAGUGUCUGACUCACAGGUGAUUCACCCCAACAAGGGCAGUGAUAGCGAAUAUGAAUUGGAUCCAAAUAGGCAAAAGACCCACUCCUUCGUCAACCACUACAUCAGUGACCCCACCUACUAUAAUUCCUGGCGCCGGCAACAGAAGGGCGUCUCUCGUCCUCCGGCAUACGGCUACACCCAGCCUGACAUGGUGGCAGAACAAGAGUCUCGUCCCCACCCGCCCCCGCUGCCACCGUUACCACCUCUUCUGCCCCACAGCAAUCCAUCCCCACUGCCCCAGGGCCAGGGCUCUCUGUUUAGGCCCAAGGGCAGCCGGACUCCCACCCCAUCACUGCUGACCUCUGACAACCACAGCCAGCACAACCUGUACAGGCCCCCUAGCAGCCUGGGCACCUCCGCCCAGGUCCCGGCCACGGGAUUCUCCUCAUUUGUUUGAUACAAGACUCACAUUUCAAUGACAACACGCCUGGGAGGCACUUCUAAAGUAUUACUGGUCUGUAAUUAUUAUUAAUAUUAUUUUUCUUUUUUUGCCGCACCUUGUUGGACAUGAAGAGCUGCUUUUGGAUUUUGCCAUUUUGCCAAGUGUGCAAGUGUAUUGUGGGAAAAUUUGUGCGUGCAAAUGCAUCGAAACGCAGACAAUCAUUCUGAAGGGAAUUGUUGUUGAUUGUACAUUUUAAAAUAUAUUCGCUUCAUCAUUCACUAAAAAAGAAUUGUCCUGAAAUAUUAUUAUUAUUAUUUUUAUUUUUUUAUUUUUUAAUGGCUUGACUGCAUGUGGAGUCCAAAAGUCUGAGACCAUCUGGAGUUACCUUUAUUUUAAUUUUUUUUUAGUUUCAUUUAAGUUUUAGCAUUCUGAAAUAUAUAAGACAAAGAAAAGACAACACUCAAGGUCUCAUACUGUUAGACCCAUGCACUGUAAAUGUUUAAACAAACUGCAUUUCACAUAAUGCUGCAGAUUUCCAAAGCUCAUCUUUAUCAUUCUGUUUGUGGUAUUGCUGGUAUGUCAUUCACGCAGAAAUCAAUGACAGAGUAUUUCAGAAAGCAAAAAUAUUGCAACUGUGUUUCUGUAGUAGUGUCAGUCUCAUGAAACUGAAAAAAGAGAAAAAAUUCAACUCCUUAUACAAACUUCACGGCCUUUCACAUUUAAAAUUGUUAACCCUGGGUUAUUAUAAAACAUGAGGGAAAGGAAUUCUGGGUUAUAUUGUUUUAGGUUUCACAUUGUUAAUUGCUCAUAAAUGUUAAGAAUUAAUCCUGUGUAUUCAUAAACUGAUGUUUCACACUGUCCGUUCCGGGUUAACAUUCUUAUUUGCAUAUUUGUCAGUGUCAUUGAUUGGACAAAUGCAGCUUGCAACCUGUUUACAUGACGGCUUUAGCAUUGAGCAUUCUCAUAUUAUAUAUUGGAGACUGCAGUUAAGAAGUUUUUCCUGAAUGGACUUUUCAGACUAUGAAGGUAAGAAUAAAACAAUCUUUUCUUUAAACCAAUUCACUUGUUUUCUGUCACCAUUUGACAACUGUUUAUACAGCACACAGUGUUUCUGUGACUGUCCAAAGCACAUGAAUAUGAGGCACGUGGUCGGGUUUCUGUUGCAGAGCAUCUACAAUAGUCAUAACAUUGUAAUAAUGCAUCAUUUCACACUGCACAAGUCUGACAACAUAAUGUAGAGUUAACCGCACAGAAGAAGGCUUUCAUAACCCAGGGUAGAAAAAAAAUGGCGCUAAACCUGCUUCAAAAUGACAAUCUUUACAUGGGGUUAACAGCAGUGUUUACAAUGAUGGAGUGAAGUGUGGUGUGAAAAGCUGUUUUGAGGAGGUUAAAGCAUGGAAUUUCUUUAGGAUUCAACAUGGUUCCAUUUUUAUUGCUCAAAAUUGGCUUUGUGUCAUUGUUUUCAUCCUAUUUUGAUACAUUUGGGAUGGAUCUUUUACUCAUUAUGUGACUAAAUGCAUUUUAUUCUGCAUUAUUUAGUGGCAGUAUUGGGUCAUAAUGUUUGUUCAGUUUGUUGAGAAACACCACCCAUUAGUUGGUGCUACCAUCACCAAACUUCAGUUUUCAAACCCAUGGACAAAUAAGGUUUCGGGUUUCGUCACUUUGUGGAAAAUAACACCCAAGAUAUAAUAAAAUAAUGCAAAAUAUAUUGAUGUUUUAAUCAUGCAUUUGCAUUAAGCAAAGUGUAACAACUGUGAAUUUGUGCCAAUAUCAUAUUUUUGUCUGCUUCUAAGACCAACCGAAUGCUAAGGAGAAGAAAAGGAAAUGUCAUUUUUACAGCAAAAUGUUAUUUCAAUACAAGGCCACAUGCAUUUAUGUUAGCAAAUGAUGUCUCACCUGUAAUGUCUUUGAGGGUAUAUUAAUGCAUUUGGAAAAAUAAAAUAAAUUACAUAUACAUUUAUCUGACGCUUCUAUCCAAAGCGACU